CUUCGAGUCAACCAUGCCUGGUGAAUUUAGUCUGUUCCCAGAUCAGCACUCUUCAAGAGUAUUUAUGGGACUCCAGUUGUAGUUCGACUAACGUCAGAAGACCCGCUGAAAUUCAAAGUUAGAAGAGGAGGAGACUGAAAGCACAAAACAACAAGAAGUGUUGUUUCUUGUUUCCCGUCAGUUAGCGUGGACCUGUUUUACUACUGUAGUUUCUUACAGACUUCUUUUCAGCUCAAUAUGGAAGCUGGUGAGGAAAAUAGUUGCAACAUCAGCUUAAAGAGACAGAGAGCACCUCUGUCAGACUCUGAAGACAAUGUCCUCUCAUCAGCAGAGGUGAGUGAUGGCCAGAAGCGACGGCGUCUGGAGGCAGCCGGUCAGGAGAACCGUAGUCCUACACCAUCCAACUCUGGACGCUUAGCUGAGCUAGGGACAAAGCCAGAUACACCGAUCGUUCCCUCAAUCCGGUCCAGAGUCCAUCAGCUCACCCAGAGAAGAGAGGGAGCUCCACUGGCCCAGAGGUGCUUGUCGGAUCCUGGGGCUGACAGCCCAUCAGCUGCCAUCCAUGACAAGGGCUUCAGAGAGCAUCUCCUCAAUGAGGGAGAGUUUAGUCAGCGAAUGGAGCGGUUUAAAGUGCCAGUCUUCCAGGCUGGCCCCACACCGAGCCCUGCCAACAUAUGCCCCCGGACAUGCUCUAACUUUGUAUCUGACAUUCAUCAGAAGCUCCAGGGCACCACAACACCCAGCUCCAAGCAGGCCUCUCGCAUCCGUCAGGAACGGGAGCAGGAGUUGAACCAGUUGUGUUUCCAACCAAUCAGUGAGAAUGCCUGGCUCAAAAGGAGCAGCUCUGAUCCCUCGUUGGCUCAGCAGGUAAGGACCCCUCCUGGCCCAUCAUCUCCCUCCUCCUGGGUCCCUAGAUCUAAAGGGAGAUUUCAUUGGCCUCCCAUGCAGCCCUGGGAUCAGGUUGAUGGUCAUAAUGAGAUGAAAGAUGGCAGCUUCACAGAAGGUCCUACAUCAGGUGCAGAGAAGCAACCUGUAAAUACAACAGGUGAAAGGGCACAUUGUGUCUCUAAAGCCCCAACAGUAUCUGUAGAGCUUGAAAGCUCUGGUGAAGGGCAGCUGCGAAUGGAACGGAAGGAGCAAAAUACUCAUCAGGGUGAAGAACUCAUGAAGGACAAAGACCAUGAGGCUUCAGUUGGAAAUGAAGAAGAACAGCGUGAAUCCCAAGAACCAGAGACCCAGACUGUAGUGAUGCUGUCUUUUAGUGAGGAUCAGAGUCUCUCCAAGACCUCUUUCAGUGAGGAUCAGAAUGUGUCAGAUGUUGACUUGAGCUCUCACGAUGAGACCAACACCACUGAAAUAAUUGAUCGGAUGUUCGAGGAGGUGCUGGAAUAUGCUGGAAGGAUGGAGGAAGAGCGGGAGACUGAUGAAGAUGCUGAGGACCGCGACAGUGGUAUUGGUGCUUGCUCUGGAGACAAAGAUAAAAUGGACACGGAGUCAGAGAAGGAUAAAAAUGAAGAGGGAGAGGUCAAAGACGAGUGUAAUGACAGCGAGAAUCUUGAAAGCAAUGGAGAUGAGCUGCUCACUUUCCCUCCCAGCGGCAUCCUCUCUCCUCUCAGCAAGUCUGUUGAAGCUGUGGUCACCCCUCUGCGGCUAGCAGCAACCCAGGAAUCGAACCCUCCAUCUCUGCUCCUGACUCCAGAAGAGACCACCACCCCUCCUGUUGAAUCUGCUCCUCUGUACAGUAUUGAUGCCUACCGUACACAAAGACAGAGUAAGCUGCCCACCAUUCAGAGUGUCACUCCUGGGGUUCAGAGACGAGCUCCAGAGAAGUCACAACCUCAACACUCUGUCAACACCAAGGAGAAAAUCACGGCCCUUAAUGAAGAAGCAGGGAAGCUGCAGACUGUGAUCAACCAGACCCUGCAGGCUCUGAGCUGCUGUACUGAUGAGGAGCAUGGACGAGGCUCACUGGAGGAGGCUGAGGCUGAAAAACUACUGCUAGUCUCCUGUGAGAAACGUUCUGCCCUGCUGGCAGAGGUGGCCAGACUGAGGGAGGAGAGGAACUCAGAGCUGCGAGAGGGCACAGGGGAAGACAGGGAGUAUGUCUCCCAGCAGCCCUGCAGAGGGACUGUCAGCAUCACAAACAUCCAGCUGCCUCUCAAGGUUGAAUUUGUCUGCUCCUCACACAGCCGAACAGGUCGGCCAAGUCACUACUUUUUCAUCCUGAUCCGCUACGGGCCGUGCAACAUCAUCGCCACCCCACUGGCUACAGCUGCUGACGCUCAGAAUGGAGACACUAUCUCCUUCCCUACAUCUGUCACACUGAAGGAUAUUCGCUCAUCCUUUGAGAUUGAUGUGGAAGUCUACAGUCUGUCCCACACUUCAGCCAGUAACUGUAGCAUGGACCGGGCCACCACCAAGUCACGGGUCACACCAAGAAAGCUUCUGAACACCAUCACAAGAUCCAGUAACAGUCUGACAUCUGCUGCUCCUCCUGCUCUCAACACUCGUCGCUCCAGUAACUUUUGUCUCGUCGGCUCCCAUAAGAUCACCUUGGCCUCACUGGGACACAGCAAGUUCCCUCUGGAUAAGAUGAAACUUGAAGGCAAAAUCAGGAGGCUGCUGGGAGAUGAAUUUCAGGAAAAGGUGCCUUUUCUCUCUCCUCUAGAGGGCAACAUCUACUUACGCCUGGACAGCGAGAGUCACUCUAAUGUGCAGCACCAAGGCUUCCUGACAAUGUUUGAGUUGAUCAGUGGAUACGGGGUGUGGCAUCGCCGAUAUUUUGUCCUGGAGGGAUGUAGCAUGUCGUACUGGAACCACCCCAAUGACAAAGAAACCAAGGAAGCAGAGGGCAGCAUCUCUCUGUCCAGCUCUCCCAGUCAGUGUGUCAGGCCUGUCAAGAGGGACUCAUGUGCUCGACCUUUUACCUUUGAGCUUGUGAGCAACGUCCCACAUCAGCAGCAGGACCACAGCCAGGAAGCCCUGGCCAAGAGUUGGUUCUCAGCCGACACCAAACAGGAGCGACUGGACUGGAUGGAGAAACUCAACCAAGUCCUUUUGGACUUUCACACAUGGAACCGAACCUCAGCAACCCAAACAGAAAGUCAGCAGUCAAACACACUGAGCAGUGGGAACUUGAGGGAGAGCAUACUGUAACUCCAUCACUAAACCAACAUACAUACUCAGAUGCAGCUUCUUACAGUAUGAGCUGACAUCAGGAUUUAGAUUCUUUAUCUCAGAGCUGCAGCUCAGAGAGAUGAUAAGCUUCUUUACAGGCUCAGUUUCACUGUUGAAAUGAAACAGCCAAAUUACAAACAUAUAGCCAGACAAAAUGUAAUGUAUCUCAUGUUGAUUUAUCUUUGGGAGCUAUCUAUGAGUUUCAGAUUUUUUCUUUUAAUCUGAAUCCAAUCAUUACUGUUGGUUUUCACUUUUAUUUGAUAAGUUUCAGUUGCCAUUUGAAUAUUUUUAGUUUUUCUUUAUUAUGAGUUUGUGGAAAUCAGGUUUUAUUUUGACUUUUUCCAUGGUAAUCAGCUGCUUUAGCCUUUGUUGGCACGAUUAUUUGGUCACUUUCAGUAGCUAAGGUGAAACUUCUGCAGAAGCUUAUAUUUUUGAAAUGAUUUACACUACUUCCUGUUUUGCUUCAAGUUGUAUUUUUGUCUCAUUUAGACUGGAAGGAUAAACUAAUUUAUAUAGAUACACUAAUAAAUAUUGAAUGUAGACACUGUCUGCUUCUGAGAAAUAAGAAGUUUUUGAUGAGGGGCACACUCAAUCCAUACUAAGUAGAAGUUAAUGGAGGUUUUUGUUCCACUGAACCAACAGACAUGUGGUUGUUAUUUCACUUAUUGCUGUGAUUGAAGAGAUAAGGCUCAGCAUCUGUAUCUAUUCCUCUUGUGUCAUUGGUGUCUUAGGGUUUGACUUCCUUCUCAGUGCCCUGAAGUGUUCACUCACAUUCCUCAGUGCAUUAUUUGUCUUACAGCACAUAUAUAUAAUCCUGUAUUUACAUAUGUAAAGCCAUGUUAUAUAUGUAAUACACCAGAACUGGCGAGGUAGAAGAAGGGACUGCAGUGACACUGCUACAGUGGAUGUAGUUUGUUCUGUCUGAUGUCUUGUUCUUUUCCAUGUAUUUUCACAUAUCAGUCUGUCACUUUGUUCUAAAUGUUAUUCAUGUGAACUCUCAUUCUAUGCACUUAAUGGAAGGUACCAAUAAAAUAAAUGGAAUAUAAUGGCUACAAAA